AUGGUUCGAGAAACUCGCGCCUCGGCGCGUCACAACGAUUCGAGCGACACCGGAAGCACAGUCGCGGACACCGCCAGGGCCCAAGAGACUCGCCGCUCUCACAAGAAGUCUCGGAAUGGAUGCGCAGAGUGCAAGCGACGUCACAUUCGCUGCGACGAGCGUCAGCCCUCAUGCGCGAAUUGCGAGGUCGCAGAGCGCGCGUGUUUCUUCCCGCCGCCAAAACUGCCCUCACAACCAGCUCUUCAUCAACAAAGCAACACAUCCGUGGUCACUCAUGCGCCAAGCCAUCCGUCUCAUAGCCUGCCAUCGAGGCCUGCAGACGUGCCAGCCGCGGUUGGUCUCGGCCUCAGUUCUCACCAGAGUGACCAGACUCUGUCUCCAGCUUCGACGACGCAGCUGAGCAGCGCCCAAGCUCCUCCAUCUCUAGACUGCCAGCUCGGCUUGUCAAUGUUAGGCACACCAAACGCACCCUCAGAGGCCAUCUACACACCACAGCACAUGGUCCUGCUACACCAUGCGGCCGCAGUACCACACUUCACCGGCCCAGCCCGAAGCGCCCUCGACGUCGCCGUCCGACGCGCCGUUGACUCACCCUACCUCCUCGACGAGAUCCUCGCCUUCACAGCCUUCCACAUGGUCCAGCUCUACCCCGGAUCAUCCACCCACCUCCGCGACCUCGCCACAGAGCUCCAGAACCGCGCUCUCUCAUCCUUUACCCGCCUCACGGAAACAGUAGCCAGAGACGACAAGGCCACCGCCGUCCCUCGAUUCCUCUUCUCCGCCAUCCUAGGCAGGCAUGUCCUCGCCGACACCCUCGCUCACUACCGCUCCGACUUCAAGUCCUUCAUCGAUCGUCUCGUCGAGUGCUUCAACCUCAACCGCGGCGUCAACUCCGUCACCCCGCCGGCCCGGAACUUCCUCCAAAACACCGAGCUUCAGCCCGUCCUCAACGUCAUCCUCGAGGCCGAGAAAAGGAUGAGCACGAGGGGCGACGAAUGUGAGUCUCUGAAACGGCUCUUAAACGACUCCGACCUGAGUGAAUCGAGCGCGAGAGCGUGUCACGAAGUCAUUGGGCUUUUGCAGUGGUGCUUUGACAUUUGCCGCGUUCUCGACGAAGGAGACUAUGCCCAGGCGGCUUCGACGUUCUCGGUAAAGGUACCAGUUGGCUUCGUCGAUAUGUUGCGAAAGCAUCGCCCCGAGGCCCUUAUCAUUCUCGCCCACUAUGGCGUGUUACUACACCGCUGUCGCGGCUUUUGGCCCUUUGCCGACGCUGGUGCCUUCAUUGUCCGCGCCGUUGCCAGGCAUUUGGGUAAUUACUGGCAAGGGGCUCUCUCGUGGCCUCUCCUGGUGCUUGAAACGGAGCCGUAA